ACAAAAGAGAAAUCGACAACAAUUGUCUACAGCUGUUUCACCAGUGUAUUUAUAUAAAAAGUGUUAUAAUUUGUUUAAAAAAAAAAAUUAUUAAUACCGAUAUUAAUGUAUCUCUUCGGAAGAUCGACCCCGAUACCUUAAACUUGAAACUACUCUGUUGCAUCUUCCUGUUGAAUAAAUCACAUAUUCUUCAGCGAGUAAUAAAAUAGUGAUAAAUGUGAUACGAUAUGAUAUGAGGAGAGUAACUGUACAGUGAACAGUUCAAAAAGUUAAAUGAGCGGUAAUAAGUAUUUAAUAACCCGUUAGAAGACAAUGAAAGAAGAUACUAGAGACGGUGAUAAAAAUCCCGAUAUUAAUUCCGUCAAGGGUAAAGAUAAUAAUUCUAGAAGCAAAGUUUGCAAUGAACACGGUGAUGAUUGUCCGAGUGAAAAUGAACGUGAGUUCGAUUCCCUUGAGUAUGAGGAAGAUGUGUAUUAUUCGAGCUUUGCUGAUACUCCGAGUUUUGAUGAUAUUGACAAUGAUCUGUUCAAUGACAGCGAAGAAAUUGUUGUUCACUGCUGGAAAGACGAUAAUAUUUAUCUAGACGAGAUCCUUGUUAAUGAUGUUGAUUUUUCGCAAGACCUAGAUGCUAAUUGCAGUAAUGACAGUAACAAUGCCGCGAAAAAAAAAUUACGUAAAUUGAGAUCGGUUCGAGUGAUUUUUAAAGAGAUGACUAAGUCUUAUUUUGAAAAACUUCAGGGAAAAGGACUUUUUUUUGAACGCUUAAAAGGUGAGGAUGCCCUACAUUCUGGUUCUCUUUCUCCAUCGGCGGACAAUGUCGCGAAUGAGCUAGCUGGAUUAUCAUUUGAAGAACAGGAGCGUCAAAAAGCUGAGUGGAGAACUGAACUAGCCAAGGUUGAAGAGGAAAUUCAAACAUUGAGACAUGUGUUGGCCAGCAAAGUACGAGUAUCGCAAGAAUUGAAACGAAAACUCGGCAUCAGUGUGUGGAAAGACAUCACCGAAGAUGUAAAUCAAGGACUCCGUAACGUCAAGGAGAGUAAUGUUUAUCAGAACAUUGGUGAAAAACUUGGUCAUGUCAAGAGGGCCGUCUCCGAAAACAGUUUAUUUCAGAAAACGGAAUCCGUUUGCAAGCAAGCUGCGGGCAUGACCCAAAGUUUCUUGGGUGGCUUUGGCAGCGGGAUUUCCAUGAAGUUGGGUCAGAUGCGUAAUUCUGAUAGUUUUCGCUCACUUGAAGAACGUGUUGGUAGCGCCUAUGAAAAUGUUAAGACUAAAGUAACACCAUCAAGAUCAAACUCGACCCAGAGCUUUGAUGAAGCCCUGCGAGAGUCCGAAGCAACAAGACGAGCAUCAGGAAUCCCAUCAGUGGCUACCAGCCCAACCAUCCCCGAGGAGAAGCUCUUGUCAUAGAGCUUAACUGAUCGUUGGCCUUUGAAUCAGCAGUGUGACAUAAACAAUAACAAUGAUAACUCGCAUUCUUACUUAUCAAUAAUGAUCUUGAGAGAUUGGACCACUUGUUCAACUACCAUCAAUCAGCAUCAUCAUAAUCAGUGUCUUCACUGUUACAUUGCACGUAAAUUCACGCAUCGUAAACAAGACAAAGGUCGAACGGAUAAAUUUAUUCGAGUUCAAAUGAACAAGCGUAU